CUGGAAGCUGUGACUGUGCGGACUACUACUGUGCGGUAAAAGAGGGCUUCAAUCUGUGCUUUCUGCAGCUGCAGCAGAUGUUGAAGACAUCUUUGACUUUAUAGGGAGCGGAGGCAUUUCAGGCAUAGAUUGCACUGGAAUUCCUUUUAAACAAAGUCACAUUUCACUCCCUUCUGUGCCUGCAGCUGGGAAGUUUGCUGAACUGGAAAGGGCUGAAGGAAUACAUUCUUUUUUUAUGCGUUUUAUCUUGUUUUUUCCUGGUUGGAUUUGUAUAUCCGUGUAAAAUAAUCCCUCCCACCCCUACCCCUUGAGCUUCUCACCUUUCUCUGUCCUUUCCGUCGCGCCUGCAUUUGAAAUGGCAGAUGGCGGCAGGCUCGUCGCCCAACCGCAGCGUGGAGCUUUUUGUUUGGACUGAAACCACACAGCUGCUGUCAGAACCAGCCGUUCACUUGUUGAAGUAGUGGGCACUUUGAACCAUACCCCGUACCCUCGAGGGCCCCCACCCACGAGGCGCUUAUUCCUGUCCGUGAUGAUGAAUUCCUCCCUGGAUCCACUGAACCAGACCUCUGCCGACCCGUCGCGCGCAUCUUCUCCUUUCUGCCUACUUGCGAUAAGCUACUCUGAGGUUUUCACCACCUGCCUUCUGGAAGUCUCCAUCAUAUGUCUCCUCGCUGUCCUCAUCAUUUUUGGCAACCUGGUGGUGAUCUUUGUGUUUCACUGCGCCCCGUUGCUCAGCCAGCACACCACCAGCGCGUUCAUCCAGACCAUGGCGUACGCCGAUCUGCUGGUGGGGGUCAGCUGCCUGUUCCCCUCGCUCUCCCUCCUCCACCGCCUCCAGGGACUCGACCCCAGGCUCACCUGCCAGGUGUUCGGCUACUUGGUGUCCGUUUUGAAAUCCGUUUCCAUGGUGUCGCUGGCGUGCGUGAGCGUCGACCGCUACGUUGCCAUCACGCGACCUCUGACCUACGCCUCCCUGGUGACGCCGUGUCGAGUGCGGUGCUGCAUCGGGCUGAUCUGGCUGUACUCGGCUCUGGUGUUCCUGCCGUCCUUUCUCGGUUGGGGGAAGCCCGGUUACCACGGCGACGUGGUGGAGUGGUGCGCGGUCGAGUGGCGGACCUCCCCGGCCUUCACCACCUUCAUAGUUGCGCUGCUGUACGCGCCGGCCGCCCUCACGAUUUGCUUCACCUACGUCAACAUCUUCAAGAUCUGCAGGCAGCACAACCGGGAGAUCAGCGAGCGCCACGCCCGCUACCGGCCCCAACAGUCGCAGGGCCCGGCGGAGCAGGGGCGGUGCUCCCUCUUGGCGCAGACACCAAAAUCCCAACUGCAGUAUCAGCAGCCCACGUCGACGUACCCGGACAAGCGCUACGCCAUGGUGCUGUUUCGCAUCACGAGCGUGUUUUACAUCCUGUGGUUGCCCUACAUCCUCUACUUUCUGCUGGAGAGCGCCGGGAUCUACCACCACCCUGCCGCCUCGUUCCUGACCACGUGGCUGGCCAUCAGCAACAGCUUCUGCAACUGCCUCAUCUACAGCCUCUCCAACUCCGCCUUCAGGAAGGGCCUCAAACGCCUGUGCUCCUUCUGUCUGCAGCGCGGCGGCGGCGUGGGGGUCCGGAGCACGAAAAAGGCUUUCGUUUGUUCGGUUGAGAGAGGAUGUGGAGGACAGGAUUAUGGAUACGGUCGGGGGGAAAUAGGAAUUGGCACGACGUGUCACGUGUAGAGCCCACAAAGAGGAGAGCACUUGGGCCAAAUUGGCAUUCGAACUGGUUAAAAGGCACCCGGUUUGAUGGCUGUAACACACGUAUCCUCUUUUUGAGCAUCGGCGUGCCGCAAAGAGCUGGAUUAAGGUGUCGAUCUGCCGCCGCUGCCUGUGGUGCAUUUGGAGGUUACACGGGCGUCCUCUGCACGCUCCGGGGCUGGCAAAGACAGAGAAAAGGACUCGAGGGCAAAGCCCUGACGGAGAAUUUAAGGCCUUGCGAGGUGUUUUUAAAGAGGAAGCAGAGUUUCUUGUUGGAAAGGAGGAGAAAAAGAAAUAAAUGAACUCUAAAUGAGGUUGAACAUUUGCACCUUUUAGGUUUCCUUAAAUGGGAACCCUUUGCGAAAAUAACAAGUGGUUGUUUAACAACAAGGGUUGCAUUGUUUAUAAGGACGGUUACAAACAGAACUAAAGUUGACUGGGGUGGUUUAGUGAUGCUGAGGUGAUCUGCCAAUGGUUCUUAAGAAAACUAACAAUCAUGCCCUCACCCUCUGUGUCUAAAUACUUCAAGUGAUGCUGCAGUUAUUUUGUGUAUUUGUUGGGCCUCUUGUUGUUGACUGAACUUAGUCUGUUAAAAAGAAAAUGGAAAGGAAUGUCCUUUUGAUGUUGUGUGUUUGCAUUGACUGGACUGAUUCUGGUUUGUCGACAUUGAGACCUCGGUUCACCAACAUUUGCAUUCAGACUGUUGUGCUAUUAUUUUCUGAUUGAUGGGGUGUAUUUAAGUGUAGGGUUCUCACCUUGAGCAUGCUGUUAAUAAAUAAAUAAAUAAAUAAAUAAAUUAUAUAUAUAUAUGUAUAUAUAUAUAUAACAUGAGAAGCUGCUCAUCUUGGUUGUAACAUAACAAUAAGCUAACUUUAGUUUCUAUUCAAAUCUGUUUCAUUGCACUUCUGUUUUGAUUAACAAACACAAUUACGUUUGUGACGAAAGUAAAGGAAGACGAACAAAGGAUGUAUUUCUAUACUUAUUUUAAACUUAUUGUUGGUACAUUUAUUUUUAUUUUUUCAAAGCUUUGAUGAAAGAAAAGCGUUAAGUUCUUAGAAGUAUGACCCUUGAACUGUGAUCCUGACUCCUUGGAAUUUGCUUAGAGGAAUAAUCUUAAAGAUAUAAAUGUGGGGUUUUCAUAAUUAGAGAUUCUUGCAAAUAAUUACCGUGUUACUUUACUUUUAUUUAUUUGUAUUCCAAAUAACUUCCACAAUGAGGUUGUUUUUCUACCCGGGGUCCACAGAAAAUAAAUAACUAGACAAACCGUUUUUAAUGAACUAAAACAAGAAAAGACAAAAAAAGAAAGUGACGUGUUGCAGGAGAUAAGUGAAGCAGCUCUGCAUAUGAAAUAAUAAUGCAAUGGAAACAAACAAAAUAGCGACUAAUACACAGAAACAAAAGCUAUAAUAAUAAAAAACAAACUAUAUUCUACACAAGAGUGAUCACAUUUACUUUUUGGUCUGUCCUAUGUGUUGGUGAGCAAAUCCCAAGAAGAAUAAACUCUUUAUUUCCGUCGUGAAAUGACAUUUUUGCAUAAUUAAUGACGGACUAGAUUUCUCUCCGGCCUCCACCGUGACCCAUUAGAAACCAAUCACGCCACUCGCACAUUAGCACAUAAAGAACAAAUCUAAUCUGGUGUUCCUCAGCUGCACUUAACCAAAUGACUGGGCAGUCCUCCAGGUGUAUUGUGCUGUGACUGAUUUGUUGUCCCUGCAUUCCUGAAGUGUGUCCGUGUGUGUGUGUGCGCACACACACACGGACACACAACAAACGCGCAAACACAGGUAGAUCUCAUGUUAACGGAGCAGACACAUGGCCCACCGGUCCCUGAGAGUAGUUUUGUGGGUUCUUUUCACGCUUCAGAUGUGUUUCACAUUCAUCAGGAUCAAUGAUCAGCUGAAAUCAAAUUCUCUGGUACUCAAAGAUGAGAUAUUAUCACGUCUUUCAACCAUUGACCCUCAUGUCAGUUUACUUAAAUGCAGAUAUGAUCACUUUAAAAUGUUUUAUCCAAUUUACCAAAGAAAGUAAAACAGACAUUCUUGGAUAGAAAUAAAAUCAGAUGUAAGAAUAUUGUAGAAUGUACAAAAGCUUUGUGUAGCUCACCACUGUGUUGGCACAGUGAUGCCUUGUGGUCAUGGUUUUGACUGUUACUCCGUAUAUAGUGAUAUAUUGUUGCCUUGAUCUACAAAUGAACAUGAAUUGUCGGGAAAAGUGUUUUUCCUUACAUUUCCGCAGGGCUUAAUUUGUAGACCCACGACUGUUUUUAGAGGGAAGGGCACGGACUGGAUGUGUGCGUCAGCCCGCCUCCAUCCCGCACUCAGUACAUGACAACAUGGGUCCCAUUUGUUUGCAGUUAGGUAAUGUCACUGUUAAUUCAGCUACACUUCAAUAACGCAAUAAUAGUUCCUAUCUUCUGUAAGGCACAGAACUGUUAUUGCUUGUCUUCUAACUUAUUUGAUUUGGUGAUCGUGUGUGUGUGUGUGUGUGUGUGUGUGCAUGUUAGGAGGCGACUUUUCGCUGAAUUUAACGGUGCUCUGGCGUCGGUGCUAACAGAUUCUCAUCGCUUUGUUAGCCGCAAGUCACUUCCCUCGAGAUGAGGUACAAUGGGGGUAGAUUCACAAGCAGUGCAUUUAGUUAUCCGUGAAGCGUUGCCAAGUACUGUUUUGAUGCGUAGUCUCCUGUUCAGAAAUAAGUUGUAUGGAAAUAAUCAUGUGCAGAAAUGGCGAAUUGAAUGUCUCCAUCUGCUGCAGAAGUUAUAUUUUUUUAAAUGACCUACUUUCUGUCUAUUUACUUGUAAAAAGUUGUAAACUCUGGUUUCGACUACCCAUUAAAAUGAUUCUCUAAGGAGAUGCGUUUUAUUUUACUCGACCAUCUCUUGUUCUGCUGUCUAUUGCGAUUGGUCAAGUAGAUGACGUUGUGGGAAGAGGAAAGCUGUUCUGAAGGGAUGAACACUGGUGAUUGUGUGAAGGUGCAGCGACACGUUGGUUAGAAAGAACAACGGCUGGUUUACAAAUCCAUCCGUAGGUUAAAAACAGUCUGAUCAGGGAGAGGAACAAGACUGCACAUGUGGACCAAAGUAAACAUUGAGUUUGUUGUAACUGUAUUUUGAUGUUAUUCGGAAAUAAGAAUGCGAUGAUUGGGGCCUUAUUUGAUGCAACCUGUAACAUGGAUUUUGAGGCGCACAAGUGUUCUCUUGAACAUAUUGUUUUCUACGUACUGGUUGGCUGUUGUAGACCAUACCCCCAGUGGCCAGUACAGCCUCACGCUUGUAGUGCAAUGUAACAGUAUUCUUUCAUCUGAUUUUCUUGGUAAUGUUGUCUUGAGAGGCUCUAGACCACUAAUGGCAGGCUUAUGACGCCGCUGUUCUGAGGAACAGAUUAUUAUCACAUUAAAACAAGACCACGGUUAAAAAUCCUUGGUGCGGAAACUUCUCGAAGAAUUUAUCCGCAUGUGAUAUCUGUCACUGGAAAAUUGCUCAGUCAACAAAAGGGCAUCGUGAGAAAGUUUAAGCCACUGUAUACACUGUAAUAUAUGUUACUGUAUUGAUCAUGACAAACUCAUGUUUUAUACGUCGUGGGUGUUGAAUUUGAUUUAGGUUUUUGUAAGCUGUAUGCAUUUAUUGUUGGAGAAUGUUGACGUGAAUGACACAAAAGGCCAAAUAUGUCAUGAAAAUGAGUCCCUGUGAAUCUUUAAAAUGUUUUCACUUCAUUACACGAUGCUGUGUGGGGUUAAAAGCCUGUGUGGUAUUACAUCAUGUAUGUGUACUGCGCAAAUAAACGUGAUG